CACAGAGCUCGGCUGAUGAGGGCUGCAGUGCUCUUAAGUUUCCAAUGCAAGCAAAGAACGCUGACUUUUGGAUUAUUAUUAUACCUGACGACGAUUCAAAAGAAACACUGACGUUUUCAGCUUAACAGUCAGGCAUCUGAACCAUCACAGCUGUCCUCGAUCUGUUUGUGAUGUGACCGCUUGCUGCGCCAAAGCGGCGCUUUUACGCACAAUGGAUGAGCUUUUACGCGAGCCCAGUAGUUGGGCGCAGAAUGUUUCCUUGGGUAACUCAACUCGUGGGGGUGUUAGCCAGCUCGGAAACAGCACGGUAAAUCCUCUGAAACGAAAUGAAGAAGUGGCUAAAGUGGAAGUUACCGUUCUGUUCCUCGUGCUGCUGCUCGCCCUGACCGGCAACCUGUGCGUCUUGUGGGCUAUCCACGCCAGCAAACACAGCCAGUCCCGGAUGUAUUAUUUCAUGAAGCAUCUGAGCAUCGCGGAUCUUGUGGUUGCAAUCUUUCAGGUGUUACCACAACUCAUUUGGGAUAUCACGUUUCGCUUCUACGGGCCGGAUCUCCUCUGCAGGCUGGUGAAAUACCUCCAGGUCGUGGGGAUGUUCGCCUCUACCUACAUGCUCGUCCUGAUGUCCGUCGACAGGUGCUUAGCCAUCUGCCAGCCGCUCCGCUCAGUGCAUAAGAGGAAAGACCGCUACUGUGUGAUCGCAUCCUGGAUGCUCAGCCUGGUCUUCAGCACUCCUCAAGCCUACAUCUUUUCUUUAAAGGAUGUUGGACAUGGCGUGUAUGACUGCUGGGGGGACUUUGUGCAGCCGUGGGGCGCCAAAGCAUACAUCACAUGGAUGAGCCUUAGCAUUUACAUUAUCCCAGUGGCAAUUUUAAGCAUCUGCUAUGGCUUAAUAUGCUUUAAGAUAUGGCAGAAUUUCAAUUUGAAAACCAGGAGGGAGCACUUCCUUUCUCUGACUCCUAGGCCUUCCAAAGGCGCGCAUCCUCUCUCUCGUGUGAGCAGCGUGAGGCUCAUUUCAAAGGCGAAGAUCCGCACUGUGAAAAUGACAUUUGUGGUGGUCCUUGCGUACAUUGUGUGCUGGACUCCCUUCUUCUUUGUCCAGAUGUGGUCUGCGUGGGAUCUUGCUGCACCGAGAGAAGAUGUGGCUUUCAUCAUCACCAUGUUGCUGGCCAGCCUCAACAGCUGCUGUAACCCAUGGAUCUACCUGUUCUUUGGCGGUCACCUCUUCCAUGACCUGAUGCAGUGCUUCUCCUGCUGCUGCCCUCAAUAUCUCAAAUCCUCCUCCUGCAGCUGCGAUCGGCAAUGCAUGCACAAAAGCAACUGCUCCACAUUCGUCAUCAAGAAUACCAGCAGUCAGCGGAGCCUCUCACACACAUCUAGCAUGGGGGGACCGGGACGCUGAAGGGCCAGCUGAAAACCAUCCAGACUUCCUGUAACUGAGAAAUUCUGGCAUUUUGGGCAUUUAAUCUUCUGUAGAAGCACUACAGAGGCCUUUGCAUGGGUUUAAAUAGAGCAGGCAAAGUAAACCUGCGCUGCAGAAAAACUACCUUAUGACAACAAAAAGGAAGAAAAAAGUAAUUUUUGUACAGCGUGUGAUCAAAAGUUAUUUAAGUUGAAGCUUUUACAUAUGCUUUAUGUCUAUAUAUGUGUGCCAUCUGCUUUUCUACAGCAGAGUUGUCCUUCUUGGGCUCAAUCACACCGGAUUUCUGCACAUGUCCCUUGCCUUGGCUUAAGUAUUACAAACUCUAUUGUCAGUCUGUGCAUACAAAUAUGAAAAGUUUGUAACUCCUGUUAUUCUGUCAUGAGAUUUGUUCUAAUUUGACCUUAAGAGUGAAGCUAUUAGUUACAAUGGAAGGCCUGAUUCUAAGAUGUGAUGUAAGAUCUUAGAUAUGAUGUUAGAUAUUUGCAGGCAACCUUAAUCAUGCAUGCAGACGGAAUUCAGAGGGAUUUGGACGAAAGAUUGUAUGGGAUAGUAUAACUUCUUAUUAUUGCUUUUCUCCCCCCAUGAAAGCGGAGGUAGAGCCUCAACCCAGUAAUGUGGGAUUGAGAGCUAGCUACAGUCAGAGUACCUCAUCCUGGCUCUGCUUUCUCAGCCAUCUUGCUAAGAUCUUUCUCCUCACAGUUUUAUCUGUCUGUUUUAUCUGGAUGUUAUGGCCAUACGGAAAAGUAAG